AUGUCCUCAAUUGCUGCUUUGGCGGCCCGCCGGGCCUUUUACCGCCAGUCUUUCGCUCGCCUGCCUCAGCGACGCUUCCAGAGCUCCAAGGUCGAGGAGGCGAACCUCGACAAGGCUCCCAAGCGCGAUCCCGAGCUCUACAAUAUGUCCGAUGCUGAUAAUCGAUUUUUUAAGGUUCUCCUCGGAGUCAUGUCCGGUGUCGCCCUGCUUGCUGGAUGGUACUUCGGACGCAAGCCCACUUCCGUCACCUCCGAGAGCAACGUCCGUAUUGGUGAAUCUGCCAUGCCAUGGGAGCGCGAUGAGGAUGAUGGCAAGGUGUACAAGUACCAGUACCACCCCCACGGCGACAAGAACCAGCCCCUGCGCAACGCCCCCAGCGCUCUCAACACCGUCAUUGUUCCCAAUGUGACCCUGCCCAAGGACCUCCACGACCGAUUCAACAAGUACGGCAAGGAAGAGUGGGACUACUGA